UGGGUUCCCGGCCACGCCACCCACUAUGGCCCUUACCCACAGUACCCUGCCUGGUCUGAGGUUGGCUAUCUCCCCGGUGAUAUCGGCGUUGGUUGCUCGAACGGCCAGCCCGGAGGCGAUCCCAACUGGGACGCCAUCCUGUCCAACGGAACCUACCCUUCUCCUGCCGGCACCCAGACCGUCUGGCCCAUCGUCGCUACCGUGGCCGUUUCGCAAAAGUACUGGGCUAGCAACUACACCGGCCAGACCUACCGCGCGCCCAUCUGCUGGAACUCCAUCUGGAUCCGAAACCCCGCCUUCCCUAAUGAUGUUGUCGAGGCUCAAAUCGUCGACUACUGCCCGACUCAGGGAUGUACCUGGAGCGAGGACGAGCUGCCCUACAACGUCGAUAUCUACGGUGGUGCCACCUGGACCACCCUGCACGGCCAGACUCUGGAUGCCAAGAUCGCCAUCGAAAUCAUUUGGCCC